CGCAGGGCGGAUUUUUGGGGAUGCUAUUAAAUCAAAACCAAAACGCUGGUUUUCAACAUCAACAGGGCCCGCAGCAACAACAGGCCCCGCCACAACAUCAGGCACUGCAACAACAGCAACAAGCCCCGCAACAGCAGUAUGCCCCGCAACAACAGCAACAGGUCCCUCAACAACAAGCCCCGCAACAGCAACAAGUACAGGCCCCUCAACAACAACAGGUCGCACAACAACAGGCCCCGCAACAGCAUCAGGCCGCAUAUCAGUUCUUACAAGGACAACAGGGAGGCCCUCAGAUACAGCAGGUACCAGCAGGCAUGGGCCAGCUGGACCAGCAAGUAGGACCAGUAAGGGGACUCGGAGGCAUCAACCGACCAAUGGGUCACGCCGGCAUCAACAUGGGACCAGCAUUAGAACAACAACAGAUGGGUUUUCAAGGCAUAGGCCAACAAAGGCAUCCAGGACAAGCAGGCAUGGGCCAGUUUGUCUUCAACGUCCCCGGACACCAAACGAAUGCAGGGGUCAUUCAAGGAGGCCAAUUCCAACAAGACUACCACCAGUUUCAGGCCGGCAUGAAUCCGCAAGGGAACGGCAUGAUGGGAGGCCGGCUAGGCACAGGGGUGCUGCCGGGUAUGAAUAUGGAUAUGGUACAGCCAACUCAAGGGACACAGGCUGGUAUGGGCCAGCCUAUGAUAAUCGCCCCCGCAGGAUCAUGGGAUACCUCAAAGAACACUCUAAUGUUGCAAGGUACGCAUCUUGACAGCCAUAUCGGUUCUAGUUUAAGACAAAAAAUCAUUAACGAUGAAUACGUGGAUUUCGCGACGUUAGCUAAAGAUGAAAAUAAACAAAUUUUACAAUGUAACACCCAGAAAAAUGAGGACGGGUCAACUUCGGUAGUUUUGGCGCCAAGUGAUAAAAAGAAAAAGAUCUGGUCAGUUUCAGAAUGGCAAAAUGCAUUCUAUGUGUUCAUGACAGUAUAUGUUCCUUAUCAUCCUAAUGAGACCUUGAAAUUGUUCAAGUAUGGAGCGCACAUUCUGUCUCUUAGCUUGUCACCAGGGGCUGAUUGGGUGAAAUACGAUGAGAAUUUCCGCAGAAAUAAGAAAUUCGGUUUAGACUGGGCGGUACCAAACAAUGAGCUUAUGUUGGCGGCAACUUUGUUAAAAUCUCCUAAUCAAAAUUCUGCUCAAAACAAUAAAAGAAGUGGUGCAAAUGUGAGUUCUUUUCGUGAUGGAAAACCCAUAUGCAUCCGAUGGAAUAAAGGCCACUACUGCAAUUUUUCAGAAUGCAAAUACAGGCACGUUUGUUCAGAUUGCGGACAAUUCCAUAGAGCAUCAGGAUGCUCUUCAAAAUCCGGAUAUCAAAAUCAAAACAAAUCACAAAAUAAAUUCAGUCCAAAAGCUCCAUACACCCACCUAAACUAUUAAAUCAAUUAUCUUGAUGAAAUACUUCCAUAUAUAUGCUUGUAAGUAUUUUCAGCUUUGCCAUAGGAAACUCUAAUAAAGAUUGGAAGGGCACAGAAGACUAAACUCCCGUUUAGGCAAUACAAACAUUAUUCUGUGUGACAAUCAUUAAUAGUUUACUAGAAAAAAAUUAUUAGAAAAUAAAUAA